GUCCCGUACCCUCCCGGGCCCGAGCGGGACAUGGUGCUGUCAGAACUGGCCGCGCGCCUCAACUGCGCGGAGUACAAGAACUGGGUGAAGGCGGGCCACUGCCUGCUGCUGCUGCGCGGCUGCCUGCAGGGCUUCGUCGCCCGCGAGGUGCUCGCCUUCCACCGCGGCUUGCUCGCCGCCGCCCCCAGCCUGGGCCCCCGGGCCUUCUGCCGCAGCGGCUCUCGGUGUAACCCGCACGCCCGCCAGUUUCAGCCUCAGUGUCAGGUUUGCGCAGAGUGGAAACGGGAGAUUUUGAAACACCACACCAACAGGAAUGGAGACGUCCACUGGGGAAACUGCCGGCCGGGCCGCUGGCCCGUCGACGCCUGGGAGGUGGCCAAGGCCUUCAUGCCCCGAGGACUGGCAGACAAAACCAGCCCCGAGGAAUGUGAUGCCGUUGCUCUUUUAAGUCUCAUCAAUUCCUGCGAUCACUUCACGGUUGAUCGAAAGAAAGUCACAGAGGUGAUUAAGUGUCGUAACGAAAUCAUGCAUUCUUCAGAGAUGAAAGUGUCUUCUCUGUGGCUUCGAGAUUUUCAGAUGAAGAUCCAAAAUUUCCUGAAUGAAUUCAAGAAUAUUCCAGAGAUUGUGGCAACAUACACCAGAAUAGAACAGCUGCUGACAUCUGACUGGGCUGUUCACAUCCCCGCCGAAGAUCAGCGAGAUGGGUGUGAAUAUGAAACAGGAGUUUACCUGAGUGAGAGCCAAGUCAACGAAAUAGAAAUGGAAUUACUAAAGGAAAAACUUCAAGAGAUCUAUCUUCAAGCACAAGAACAAGACGUGUUGCCUGAAGAGAUCUUAAAUCGACUGCAAGUGGUGAAAGAAUUUCUGAGAAGCAACAAGGAUCUUAGAAAUGGUCUUACAGAAGAUCUGCAGAAGCUAGACAGCCUCCAUCUACAGCAGCAAAAACCAGAUUCCGAGGAACCUGGGGCCCAGAAACCUGAAGGGAAGGCCUGAGAACCCCUGUCCAGUCGUUUGCAGUGGUCCAGGGGAUCAGCCUCACCCUCCCCUCCAUCUGCUCCUUUUCAAAGCCAGCAGCACUUAACUGGGCCAGGUCACCUCUGGACCUUCGGGGACAGAAGUGCCACCUGCCCCACUCCCUGGAGGAAGUGCUUCCACUCCAAGCCCAAAGGAAGCCAUCCUUCGCUUGUCCAGCUGCCCAUCAAGGACGUGGUCUGUAGACACUGGGCAGGGGGUGGGGGUAUAUUUGGUAUGUUUUUACAUUAAAAUGCACGUAUGUAAUGCUGUAAACCCCGGAUGAAUGCAAAUGUGCCUGUAACUGACUAUUUGGUCUUGAAUCGUACAUUUUCUUUGUCUGUUCACUUCACGCCGUUCCUUCAGAAGACUUCCAUAGUAAAGUAAGAAUCUUCAUUCAUCUCGCAACUAUGCCCAAACUAAGAAAUUUGCCGAGACGUUUCCCAGCUUCUAGAUGUAAGGUAUAUCUAGAAGGUGGGAUCCAAUUAAAUCUUGAUUCACUAACCAAGUUAAGACCUGAUUUCUAGCUUUAGGAACUUGCGGUUAUGAACACUUUCGUUUCAUCCCCCCUGUAUCCAGUUAGCUUCUCCUUCUCUCCCCAACAUUUAUCAAGUGUCCGCCACAGCUGGGCGCUGAAAUGGAUGCAGAUGUGAGGAUUUAUAAGAUGUGGACAAUGGUAUACAUGCCAUCAUCUCUGGAUUUAUUGUCUGCUCUGAUAAAUGAAAGAUACUGUGCAGAAAACAUUAUACUGGCAACAAUUUAAUUACCUUGAAAUCGAAGAAAGGGAAGACAUGUCCAGAGAGGGCUUUAAAGCAAAUGGAGCGUGUACAGGGACGUCAGCCUGUGGGCCUCUCCUCUACGGAUCUGUGCACGUGGCGCAGGAUGUGCACACAAGGGUGCUCAUAGCAGCGCUGGCCGCCGGGCAUCAAGAGACGACUGGGUAAAUCCCAGUGCAUCCAUGCCACAGAGCAUUAUGCAGCUGUAAAGAAGAAUGUCGUAAUGCUGCAAUGCAGUAGUAUGGAAUGCUCUCUAACACACACGGAACGUAAAAGCAGAAUGUUUAACAACGCAUGGCAUGCUGUAAAACUAUUUGUCUUUUUCAGUAAAAGGUCUGGAAAGUU